AUCGAUACCGGUAAACCAUACCUCAUGAUCAGACGUUGAAGGAGGUUACAGAAGGUUACUGUGUUGUUAUUGAGUUCAUGAACUCUAUUAUUGGUAAAAGAUGGGAGAAAGUUGUGCAUCCAAAAAUAAUUCGCCACCAAAAGAUUCUUGCGAAAUUAUUGAGGAUAAAUGGAAGUUGGUGCCAGCAUUUCUAAAAGGAAAAGGCUUAGUCAAACAGCAUAUUGAUUCGUUUAAUUAUUUUAUAAACAUCGAGAUCAAGAAAAUUGUAAAAGCAAAUGAGAAAAUUUUGAGUGAUGCUGAUCCAAUGUUUUAUUUGAAGUAUUUGAAUAUUAAUGUCGGGAUGCCAGAUAUUGAAGAAGGGUUUAAUAUCACAAGAUCAACUACUCCACAUGAGUGUCGUCUUAGGGAUCUAACUUAUUCUGCACCGAUCACUGUUGAUAUUGAGUAUACUAGAGGAAGCCAAAGGGUUGCUAGAAGUAACCUUAUUAUUGGCCGUAUGCCAAUCAUGUUGCGAAGUUCCAACUGUGUGUUGACAAACAAGUCUGAAUUUGAACUCUCAAAAAUGAAUGAAUGCCCACUGGAUCCUGGUGGUUACUUUGUUGUUCGUGGAACUGAGAAGGUUAUUUUAAUUCAAGAACAACUUUCACGAAACAGAAUGAUUGUUGAAGAAGAUAGGAAAGGGAGUGUACAAUGUAUCGUUACCAGCAGCACUCAUGAUAAAAAGUCUCGAACAUUGGUUAUUAUGAAAAAAGGAAAAUAUUAUUUGAAGCAUAAUUCAUUACAAGAUGAUAUUCCUAUUGCGAUAUUUUUUAAAGCAAUGGGAUUUUGUGCAGAUAUAUUAAUUAUGCAAAUGAUUGGAACAGAAAAGGAAACAUUACAAAAAAUGGCCCUAUCUAUUGAAGAUUGUUAUUCAGCAAGUGUGUACACCCAAAAUCAGGCUUUAAAUUAUAUUGGAAAGAGGACUAAGCAGAAAAGAUUUCUUGGCCCUACAGGAAAACCAAAACCUCCCAUUGAUCAAGCAAGAGAUUUAUUGACUUCUGUGAUAUUAGCUCAUGUGCCGGUUGAAAAUUUCAAUUUCAAACAUAAAGCUGUCUAUACUGCUUUGAUGGUAAGAAGGGUCAUCCAGGCUGAGAGUCAACCUGAAUUUAUUGACGAUAAAGAUUAUUAUGGUAAUAAAAGGCUGGAACUUGCAGGGUCAUUGUUAUCCCUUAUGUUCGAGGACGCUUUCAAAAGAUUGAACACUGAGCUAAAAAUGAUUGCCGACAAGAACAUUCCUAAAAUAAAAGCAGCCCAAUUUGAUGUAGUAAAACAUAUGCGGCAAGAUUUGAUAACCAAUGCUUUGGUCCAUGCUAUUUCUACUGGAAAUUGGACUAUUAAGCGUUUUAAGAUGGAACGUCAUGGAGUUACUCAAGUUCUUUCAAGACUUUCUUACAUCUCGUGCCUAGGUAUGAUGACGAGAGUCAAUUCACAAUUUGAAAAAACAAGAAAGGUGUCAGGUCCAAGAUCGCUACAGCCGUCACAAUGGGGAAUGCUCUGUCCUUCUGAUACUCCUGAAGGAGAGGCUUGCGGCCUGGUAAAGAACCUUGCUUUGAUGACCCAUAUUACUACUGAAGUGGAAGAGGAGCCAAUUAUUAAAAUAACACACAAUAUGGGCGUGGAAUCUUUGCAUUGGUUCGCAGGAGAAGAAAUGUAUUAUACUAAUGUUUAUACUGUCUUCCUCAAUGGUAAUAUUCUCGGCAUAACUGGAAAACAUCGCAGAUUGAUAAAAAAUUUUCGAAUGCUGCGGAGGUGUGGUCGAAUUAACGGUUUUGUCUCCAUCUAUCCGCAUCACAAGCAUAAGUCUGUCUAUAUAAGCUCUGAUGGUGGACGGCUUUGUAGGCCAUAUAUAAUUGUUGAAAACGGAAAACCACUAGUUAACUCAACUCAUAUUAAUAAGCUUUCUAGUGGGUUAAUGAAAUUUGAAGAUUUUCUCAAUGAAGGUUUGAUUGAAUACUUGGAUGUAAACGAAGAAAAUGACAGCUUGAUUGCUUUGAAUGAAGGUGAAAUAACUUUGAAAACAACCCACCUCGAGGUAGCUGAUUUCACUCUUCUUGGUGUCUGUGCUGCAUUGGUUCCUUAUCCUCAUCACAAUCAAAGUCCGAGGAACACUUACCAAUGCGCUAUGGGAAAGCAGGCUAUGGGAACAAUUGGAUAUAAUCAGAGAAACAGGAUUGAUACUCUGAUGUACAAUUUAGUCUACCCUCAGGCUCCGAUGGUGAAAAGUAGAGCAUUGGAUCUAAUAAACUUUGAUAAAUUACCAGCUGGUCAGAAUGCUAUCGUAGCUGUAAUGAGCUAUUCUGGUUAUGAUAUAGAAGAUGCUCUCAUAUUGAAUAAAGCCUCCAUCGACCGCGGUUAUGGCCGAUGCUUGGUAUAUAGAAAUUCAAGGUGUAACUUGAAGCAGUAUGCUAAUCAAACAUAUGAUCGAGUCAUGCCUCCUCUGUUGGAGGCUGAAACAUUAACAGCACCAUACAAACAUCAAGCUCUUGAUUCUGAUGGCAUUGCAGCUCCUGGUGAAAUAGUGAAAGAUAGACAGGUUUUGGUCAACAAAACAAUGCCUGUGGUGAGUGGAACUACCUCCACUCCUGGAAUGCCUGGACAAUCUCUGCCUAAUGUUGAACACAAAGAGGUCCCAGUGUCUUACAAAGGUUCAGUGGAUAGUUGUAUCGACAAAGUGAUGAUAUCAUCUAAUAAUGAAGAAGCUUUUCUGAUUAAAAUUUUAUUACGGCAAACGAGGCGACCAGAAAUUGGAGACAAGUUUAGCAGUAGACAUGGUCAGAAGGGUGUUACUGGUCUGAUUGUGGAACAAGAGGAUAUGCCAUUUAAUGAUUAUGGAAUAUGCCCAGACAUGAUCAUGAACCCUCAUGGUUUUCCAUCUCGUAUGACAGUGGGGAAGCUAAUUGAAUUAUUAGCUGGAAAGUCUGGGCUAUUAGAAGGAAAAUUCCAAUAUGGCACAGCUUUUGGGGGUGCAAAAGUAGAAGACAUUUGCGAAGAGCUUGUUAAAAAUGGAUUCAAUUACCAAGGAAAAGAUUUUUUUUAUUCUGGCAUCACUGGAGAACCUCUUGAAGCCUAUAUCUACUCGGGUCCUGUUUACUAUCAGAAACUAAAACACAUGGUUCAAGACAAAAUGCAUGCUCGUAGCAGAGGCCCAAGAGCAGUACUCACCAGGCAGCCGACUGAGGGCAAGAGCAGAGAAGGAGGUUUAAGGGUGGGGGAAAUGGAACGGGACUGUCUUAUUAGCUAUGGUGCUAGUAUGAUGCUGAUAGAAAGACUGAUGAUAUCUAGUGAUGCUUUUGAUGUUGAUGUUUGUAAUUUAUGCGGUCGUCUUGCUUACUCUGGUUGGUGUCAUGGUUGCAAUAGCAGUGCUUCAGUCUCCACCAUCAGGAUUCCUUAUGCAUGUAAACUGUUAUUUCAAGAACUGCAAUCGAUGAACGUAGUCCCUCGACUGACAUUGAAAAAUUACUGUGAUUGAUUAGGUCUAUUUCAUGUUAUUAAUGUUGUUCAAAUGUAAAUAUUUUACCGAAUUCCUGUAUGUGAUGCUAAGGAAUGUAAAUAUUCAAAUUUGUAAAUAUUAGUAUUAUAACUGUAUAAAAUUGUUAUUGUUUAUAUAUUUAUUUUUGUUUCCUAAUUGCCAUUCUUGAAUUAGUGCCUUUUUGUAUAAUAAAAUUAUACAGUAUUUUGAUUUGUGUAAUAUUGAAUCCUUACUGAAAUUUGACCUUAAAAGAUUUUGGAUCAAAAAUAUGCAAUAAAAACUAAAAGUAAAUUGGAAGUGAGAAUUGUCUAUUUAGUAUGAAGAGUUUGCUAUAACUGAACAGUUAUGGGUCAAAUUUUGUAGGACCGUUAAGAACUUAUCCAGUCUAGUUCCGGACAAUGCAACCGCAUACAUGGAAACUUUUAAAAAAUUUGAAUCAGUUCUAGAGAAUCCUUACUUAGUAAAUUCUAAUCUG